CAGAAAGUACACAAACCUAACAGACAGAUCCUGACAAGGGCAGGUUUGAAGCUGUGAACAACUGCAGAGUUCAUGCAAUGAAGGAGGCUGCAGACAGACGGCAUGGAGAAGAGGAAGUGUGGUUUGCUCACUGCCUGGGGGAGGAACUGCUUCUUUAGCCGAUGAAGGUCGAAGGAAACCAUCAGAGAUUCACUAUGACCUUCUACACUUGGUUCUGCUUCUUCUUCCUUUCUCUGCAGGUCACCAACAGCCCUUCUGUCAAUGCACUGAAACAGUUACAUGGAGCAGCUGGAGAAGACUUCUCGGUGACAUGUGGCCUCUCUUUCUCUGAAACCUUGAAGAUCUUCUGCAGGGAAAGCUGUGAAGAAGGAAACAUUCUGAUUCAAACCAGAGAGAAAGCAGCUCAGAGAGAACGAUACAGCAUUAAACAUGUUAAAAAUCAUUUAUCAGACGUUUACAUUUUAUUUGUGAACAUCUCAAAACUAAGUGAGUUCGACUCAGGAAAGUACAGAUGUGGUUUGGGCGACUCUUUGUCCUCGGUGACCUACCAGGAUUUCAAACUCGUUGUUGUUGGAAAAGCAUCUGGCUCAUCCACCUCCAGGUCAAAUCCAGUUCAUUUAACCUCCCCCCCAGCAGCCACACUGAGUUUAAACUACCUGACACCUUCAGCUUCCUCUGAAACCAUUGACCAGUCACGUUUGACCGAGGACAGAACAACAACCAAAUGUAAAUCCAGCCACUGUGUCAAACAAACAGGUUCUCCUUCCCCAACCUCAGCAGAAGUUUGGCUGUUUGUGGCUCCAGCCCUGGCCAUCGUUGUCCUGUUCUCAGUGACUCUGGUUUUCUGCAGGAGAAGAUUGAAGAAAGCUCAAACAGCUUCUCCUGUGGAACUGGAGCAAACUCCUGCAUCUGAGACGAUCAGGAUUAAUGAGGAUGUCAGAGAGGAAGACAAACCUUGGAGAUCUGCUGACGUGGAAAUCUAUUCAGCUUACAUUGACGCCAUGAGCAGCACUGUGACUACAAACAUUUAUCAGAACAAAGCUCCAGAUGAUGAUGAUGCAGAGGUGAACUCAAACUCUCCUGUCAGAGCCGGCAGGGACAACAUGAAGGAUGAUUCUGGGCCGGAGCAUCACUGCCACGAUGAUUGGCUGUAUUCUAACCUUUAUUAG